AUGUCAUGGGUAGAGGCUGGUCAUCACGUAGUUAAUUUCUUCCACCUGGUGGGGGUUUCUGUAUCUACAAGACAGCUCACAGGGCGUGGCUCGGAAUGUUGUCUAUUAGCUGUUGAGCAGGAACUAAAGGUGCUUGACUAUGCUCUUAAUGAGGAUGUUGUUAUUGUUUGGUCUCCUUUGUUCUUUGUUUUUGCAUGUUCUCACUUCUCUAAUAAACGUAUUCUUUGCCUAGAGUUUUUCAUGGACAAAAGUCUGGCAGAGCACCUGUGGGCGAGGGCCCUAGGGUCCUGCUGUCUCACUGUGUCCUUGGCUCGAGGUGUCAGGUGUGGCUGA